AUGUUCACACUCGGUGCAAUCACGGGACUCUGCGCAAACAGGUACCCAACCUUCAAACCAGUUGUGGAGAUUUGCUACAUCGAAAUAGACGUUAUUUUGUUAGUUUUUCUCCCAGUGCUUGUGUUCAGCACUUCUUAUGCCGCCGAUUCUCACUCUUUUUGGAAAAGUUUCCCACAAAUUUUACUUGUAGGUGUACCCGGCACACUGUUAACAUCUUUAAUGUUGGCUUUCAUGGCAUAUUAUUUGAUAGAAUCAUCAUGGAAUUUUCCAACUGCUGUUCUAUUUGGAGUGGUCUGUGCUCCAAUUUAUCCUACGGAGGUGGUAAAACAAUUAAAGGAUAUGUCUAAAGGAAAGUAUAUAAGUGUAUUGCUGUUAGGAGAAGGGUUGAUAGGUGAUGUAACUGUGAUGAUAGAGUUUACUGCAGUGUUUGGAUAUUUAGCUAUGGCGAUAACCGAAGCAUCUCAAAUAUCUCUUCUUCUACUGCGGUUUGCCGGAGGUGGAAUUAUCUUGGGAGUAAUUAUGGGUAGAAUAACUGCUGCUUUACUAUCGAUAACAUAUAACGAUCUUCUAUGUGCAGUCACUGUUACUCUAGCUGCGGCUUAUUUGACAUAUUACAUUGGAGAGAAGUUCUUUUACGUUUCUGGAUUGUUGGGGACAGUCAUAGCUGGUGUGAUUGUAAGUAAGAGAAAAUCCACAUUAGCAGGGGAAGUUGAGCAAGUUGUGUCACAUUUCUGGGGCAUAUUAUCACAUGCAGCCAAUACUUUAGUGUUUACUAUGGUGGGAGUGGUUAUCUUUGCGAAGGUCAUUGACGUAAUUAGCGUCCGUCAGGUUUCACUGAUCUUCGUGACGUAUUGCACGGUCUAUUGUUCGAGGCUCAUGGUUUAUUCGGCGAUGACGCCAAUACUAAGGCAUAUAGGUUAUGGAAUAUCGUGGCAACACUCCAUGGCUUGUGUAUGGGGAGGGUUAAGAGGACCCCUAUCGCUGUGUUUGGCAUUACAUGUACUACAAACUCCAGGAGUGGCAGAUGCGGGUGAGACUGCUGGCCUAGUACUUUUGUCGCUGCUUAUUAACGCAACCACAAUGGGAAAAGUUCUGAAGAUUUUGGGACUAGCCGAGAUAUCGCUAGCUAAGAAGGCUAACAUGACGAACUGUGUUAAACGUAUCAUGAUGACCCGAGACCGGUGUAUUUCAAUGCUAAAGAUGGACAAGUUCUUGGCUGACGCUAAUUGGGAUCUCGUGCAACAAGGUGUAAAUUUAGUAUGUACUACAAUAAAGCAUCCGUAUCAAAUACAAAUGUCCAAACGUGACGACGACUCAGAGGAUGAUACUUAUAUGGGCUACCACUAUACCACUUGCCCGGACUGUGAGAGAGAAAUACCCAAUGAACCAACUAAGAAGGAAUUUGCAGAGAUGAUGAGGGAGGCAAAUCAAAGAGUUUUGAAAGCUAUGAAGAUAUCAUACUGGCGACAAUAUGAGCAUGGAAAAAUUAGCAAAGAUGGAGUUCGGACCCUUGUCCAAGCAGUAGAGGUCGCUGCGGAUUCGGAUGAUGGUAGAAUCAAUUUGGAGCAAUUGGGAACUCUAUGGAAGCCAAAGGCAUACGCAGUGUGGCUUCGUCGAAAGUUAGUCAAAAUGAUGACUCCAGAAGCUGCUACCGUCCAAAUGCCUCGCAAUUACUGGAGACAGUUGGCUUACAGAACGGUUUCAAACGUGUGGUUCGACGGAUUUAUAUAUAUCAUGAUACUGUGUAACACGCCUGUUAUAUUGUGCGAAAUUGCUUUAAGAUCACCCACUGGCAAUGCUGUAUAUGUUAUCAAGGUCUUGAAUUUGGUAUCCGUUCCUAAGGUAAUGGCUUAUAUCGACAGGAUGAUUGACAUUCAGUUAGCCUUUGGAUAUGAUGUAGGGAAAGGAUUUGUGACAGCUGAGCAAGAAGUAUGUAAUUUGCUGCCCCAGCUAGUAGACAAUUUACAAAUACAAGAAAAACUAGACAGUCGACUGGAAGCUGACAGAUUGACGGUGACUCGUCAGCUGGGUUUAUUACAACGUGAUAGGCCUUGGACUGCCAUAACCGUGAAAACACGUCAAGCCACUACUUCAACUUUAAACAUAAUGAUUUUGGACACUAUGCAGUUGAAGGAAGAGGGGUUCCUCGAUGAAAUGGAGUAUCGUUUGUUGCUAAAUGCAAUACAAGUGAAAGUGCAGAUGUGCCGACAUAAAGGGAGCCUUGUUGCUCCAUCCACGCCUGAGACUCAACUACGGGCAGUAUCCUGGCUACAAGGCAACGAGAGAGUAGCGGACUUUUUUCUGGAAAAUUCUGAAAUAUUGAAUUAUAAUUACAACGACAUUCUUUUAUCACGAGGUGAUGAGCCCAAAGGCCUGUACGUUCUUGUAUCAGGCCUGCUAGAAGCAACUUACGAGCCCCCGGAAGGUGAUUUCGACGAAGCAAUCCCCAAUUACGAGUUUCUCAGUGAUUUGAAAUUCAACGACCCAAGUCAGGAUUACAUUGUUUCGGGGAACGCUGUUGGCGUUCUAGGGGUACUCACAAACCGUCCAUACAGCUACACGGUGCGGUGUGACACGGCGGUGCAAGCGUACUUCAUCACGAUGUCCGUUAUAAAGGAAGCUUUUAACCUGGCGCCGCAUCCCAUUAUGGGUUUGGAGGCAGCGAUGUGGCGCGAGAUAGGCAUCAAGCUUUCAUUAAUGGUGCUGCCCAGCGUACCCGCGUACCACGGCUGGUCGGUGGAGCGGCUCAGCAUGAGGCUGGAGCACGCUUUCGUGCCCUGUCUAAAGGCAUUCAAGGUAUUGUACCUGUAA